AGAGGAAACAGAGUGUAGUGGCAAUCUUCACUACAGACCUUUACAGCCAUAUCUUUCUCAAAUUUGUUGUUGGGGGCUUCAAAGUUCACAUUUUUCAGUACAUAUACGUACUUUCCAUGGCACUGGGUCGUGUUUUCCCAAGUUCUGUUCAGUUUCAUCACCAGACUCUUUCACCCAGUUUCAAGCCCUCAACGGUCAGAAAAACCGUUUUGGCGCGAAGCUCCAACGGUCAAGAGCCCUCUUCCACUGGUUCCCUUGCUGUCAAAGAAAACAAAACCUUCCCAGGGAAACAAGAGGCUGAUGUUGUUGUAAUUGGGAGUGGUAUUGCUGGACUGUGCUGCGCUGGGCUUUUGGCGAGGUAUGGGCAAGAUGUUCUUGUAUUGGAAAGUCAUGACCUACCUGGUGGGGCUGCUCACUCGUUCGAGAUCAAAGGCUACAAAUUUGACUCUGGUCCGUCAUUGUUCUCUGGUUUUCAGUCAAGAGGUCCUCAGGCGAAUCCUCUUGCACAAGUUCUUGAUGCAUUGGGUGAGUCUCUGCCAUGUGUCAAUUAUGAUUCAUGGAUGGUCUACUUACCUGAAGGUGAAUUCUUGUCGCGCAUUGGCCCCACAGAAUUUUUCAAGGACCUUGAGAAGUAUGCAAGUCCAAAUGCUGUUCGAGAAUGGCAAAAACUUCUUGAUGCAGUUCUUCCAUUGUCUGCUGCUGCAAUGGCUCUGCCUCCUCUAUCUAUUAGAGGCGAUUUUGGAGUUCUUUCCACUGCUGCAGCUAGAUAUGCCCCCUCUCUCUUGAAAUCGUUUGUCCAAAUGGGACCACAGGGAGCUCUUGGUGCCACAAAGCUUCUCAGGCCUUUCUCAGAAAUCAUUGACUCAUUGGAACUGAAAGACGUUUUUAUACGGAAUUGGGUAGACCUAUUGUCUUUCUUGCUUGCUGGGGUGAAAACUAAUGGUAUACUCUCAGCAGAGAUGGUUUACAUGUUUGCAGAAUGGUACAAGCCAGGUUGCUGUCUUGAGUACCCUCUUCAUGGAACUGGGGCUCUUGUUGAUGCUCUUGUCCGAGGAAUGAAGAAGUUUGGUGGACAGCUCUCUCUUGGAAGUCAUGUGGAAAACAUUGUUGUUGAAAAUGAUCGAGCCACCGGUGUCAAGCUAAGAAGCGGUCAAUUUAUACGAGCUAAAAAGGCUGUUGUCAGCAAUGCAAGUAUGUGGGACACUUUAAAGCUGUUACCUAAGGAAGUUGUUCCAAAGUCAUACCUGGACAGGACAAACAUGACAGAGCAAUGUGAAUCAUUCAUGCAUCUCCACUUGGGAUUUGACAAAGAGGGCAUACGCGAGGACUUGGGAAUUCAUCAUAUAGUUGUAAAUGAUUGGGAUAGAGGAGUUGAUGCUGAUCAGAAUGUUGUCUUGAUAUCUGUACCUAGUGUACUUAGUCCAGAUCUAGCACCCCCUGGGAAACAUGUAUUACAUGCUUAUACACCAGGAACUGAACCCUAUGGACUGUGGGAAGGACUUGAUCGUAGAAGCUCUGAAUACAAAAAGCUCAAAGCAGAACGAUCGGAGGUUAUGUGGAGAGCUGUGGAGCGUGCGCUUGGUGCCGGCUUCAGCCGUGAGAAGUGUGAGGUGAAGUUAGUUGGGACUCCGUUGACACAUCAAAGGUUUCUUCGAAGGAAUAGAGGAACAUAUGGCCCAGCUAUACAAGCUGGUAAAGGCUCCUUUCCUGGGCAUUCAACUCCUAUCCCACAGCUUUAUUGUUGUGGAGAUUCUACCUUUCCUGGCAUUGGAGUCCCUGCAGUUGCUGCUAGUGGUGCUAUUGUGGCCAACUCACUGGUUUCUGUUUCUCAACACUCCCAACUUCUUGAUGCGAUUGGUAUUUGAAUGUUCUACUGAGCUUCUUCUUUUUUUUUCACCCCUUUUUCUUAUUUCUCCUCAAUUUUUCCCAUAAUCUGAUUGUAAUUGUUCAUUGAUAUAUAUUAUUCCCUGCGCAAUUAAAUA